UCACAAUUAUAUGAAGCAAAUUAUUCAGAUUCUUUCUGAUAAAGACUGCAUUUCCAUUGGUCCUAAAAAAAGUUUGAACUUUAUACAUCUUGAAAUCUCAUUGCAUCUUUCAAAAAGUAGGAAUAUGAUUAAACAUUAAAGGUUUUAUGCAAUUACGGUGCACCUUCCAAAAUGACAAUAACAUUUAAAGUAUAGUGUUAUAAAAAUGAAAAGUUACUCCACUGUUUUGAAUUAAGUUAUCUCGGAGAUUGAUACCACGUUUGGUUCCUAACUUGCAAUUGCAAAGAAUUGUUCUUUCCUUCUAUUCUGAAAACUUUAAGCAUAGUUCUUUCCUUCUAUUCUGAAAAUUUGAUUACUUUGAUCUUGUUUGAGAUCAUGGCUGGAGUUGUUGUUGGUGGAGCUUUUCUGUCUGGCUUCAUUAAUGUUGUCCUGGACAGGCUCAUUUCUGCUGAUGCUGUCAACUUGGUUGUGGGCAAGAAGCUUAGCUCUGACUUGGUUGAGAGGCUGAGGAAUGCUUUGACAGAUGCUGGAGCUCUUGUUGAUGAUGCAGAGCUCAAGCAACUGGAUAACCAUGAUGUGAAGGAGUGGCUCAACUGUCUCCGAGAUGCUCUUUACACUGCUGAUGACUUGCUGGACCGUGCCUGCACCAAAGCUGCAACUACAAAGGUCACUCUCUUGGGUAGAAUCUUCAAUUCUGAAGAUAGGCAGAUGGAGAAUGAGAUAGAAAGGGUGGUCAGAAGGAUAGAAGAUCUUGAGAAACGCAAAGGAAAGCUUGGACUUGAAAAGAUUUCCACUGCUAGCUUCUCCUGGAAAACUCCAUCCACUUCUCUUGAAAAAGGGAAGGUGUAUGGCAGGGAGGAUGACCAGAAGGCCUUAAUCAAGAUGCUGAAUGACAACAAUGAGAAUCACCUGUCUGUCAUCUCUAUCGUUGGCAUGGGUGGUGUUGGUAAAACUACUUUGGCUCAAUGGAUGUACAAUAAUGCAGAGUUGAUGGAGGGAUUUGAUCGGAAAGCAUGGGUUUGCGUUUCAGAAAAAUUCAAUAUUGUUGAGACUACAAAGAAUAUAGUAAAGGAAAUCUCUAUAAACACUCAGGAUCUUGAUAGCUUCAAUUCAAUUCAAGAUGCUUUGAAGAAAGGAUUGUCGGAAAAGAAGUUCUUUAUUGUUUUGGAUGAUGUCUGGAGCAAUGAUCAUCAUCAAUGGAAGGAUUUUCUAGCCCCUUUCCAAUAUGGGGUUAAGGGAAGUACUAUUCUUCUGACUACUCGCAAGGAAGAUGUUGGUUCAGUUGUCCAAACAAAUUAUCACCCUCACUAUCUCAUUCCAUUAUCAGAAGACUGUUGUUGGUCAGUGUUUGCAGCCAAUGCUUCUUUUCCAGAAUCAAAUGGGAACCCAACACUAGAAGGAAUAGGCAAAAAGAUUGCCAAGAAGUGCGACGGUUUGCCAUUAGCAGCAGAAACACUUGGUUGCUUGUGCAGAAGGCAUGAUGCUAAGGAAUGGGAAAAAAUCUUAAGGAGUGAUAUUUGGGGAUAUUCUACAAAUGACAGUAAGAUUGUUCCAGCAUUGUUAAUUAGUUACUUUCACCUUGCUGCACAUUUGAAGCGUUGUUUUGUUUAUUGUGCACUGUUUCCGAAAGAUUAUGUUUUCAAUAAAGAUGAACUAAUUUUGUUGUGGAUGGCUGAAGAUCUUUUAAGCCUACCAAAGAGAGGAGAGACUUUAGAAGAGGUUGGUUGCAAGUGUUUUGAAGAAUUAGCUUCAAGGUUAUUUUUUAAACCAGCUAAGUACAAAUUUGAGAGAUUUGUGAUGCAUGAUCUCUUGCAUGACUUGGCAAUAUUCCUUGCCGGAGACUUCUAUUGUAGAAUAGAAGAUCUUGGUGAACAAGAAGAGAAGAAGGUUCUCACUCGUCAUUUGUCAUAUUUCCCACGUGGAAGCUUAGGUCAUUCAAUCACAAAAGUCUUUAACUUCAUUGCGAAAUCAGAAUCUUUGAGGACAUCGUUGUAUAUUGAUGAUUUGUUUAGCAUGGAAAGUGUAGCAUCUAAGUUUAUAUACUUGAGAGUUUUAUCCUUUCAUAAACUUGAUGUAUUACCUGAUUCAAUAGGUGAAUUGAUUCAUCUACGCUAUUUGAAUCUCUCAUGCUGUAGCAUUAAUAGGUUGCCGGAAUCAUUGUGCAACUUGUAUAAUCUACAAACAUUAAUAUUGUACAGAUGUACCAAGCUGACCAUGUUGCCUAGAAACAUGCAUAAUCUUGUGAAUUUAAGGCAUCUUGAACUUGGAAAAACUUGUUUGGAAGAAAUGCCUGGAGGAAUAAGCAAAUUGAAACACUUGCAUACUUUAGAUUUCUUUGUGGUGGGCAAGCAUGAAGAUAACAAAAUCCAAGAAUUAGGAGGGCUCUCAAAUCUUCAUGGAUCACUUGAGCUAAAGAAAUUGGAGAAUAUUGUUGAUGUGAAAGAAGCAGAGAAUGCAAGGAUGACAAACAAGAAUCUUAUCGACAAAUUAUACUUGGAGUGGUCUUCAGGUGAUGAUAUGGUUUCGAACACAAAAGCCGAAAGAGAUAUAUUCGACAGCUUGCAACCUCACAACAGCAUGAAAGAGUUGACAAUCAAGGGAUAUAAGGGUACAAUAUUUCCAGAUUGGUUGGGGAACUGUUCAUACAACAAUAUGACAAGUGUAUCUCUGAAGUCUUGCAACAAUUGCUGCAUGCUGCCUUCACUUGGACAGUUGCCAUCUCUUAAGGCCCUGCGCAUUCAAGGUUUCGAUCUGCUGAGGAGUAUUGGCGAGGAGUUUUACAAGAAUGAAGGAGAUCAUCAUUCUUCGCAUAUUGCACCGUUUCCCUCACUCGAGAUUUUGUUAUUUGAUAGCAUGGCAUGUUGGGAGGUGUGGCACGUAUCUGAGUCGGAAACAUUUCCUAAACUUAGGAAGCUUGAAAUAAGAAAUUGCCCAAUGUUGGAGGAAGAGAUGCUUAAUCAGGUAUUCUUCAGAAUCGUUUCUUCUUUGUCGGAUGUUUCCAAAGUUCGCAAACUACAUAUAUACGGCAAUGAUUUUGGACAGCACAUCGAGACCAAUCUUUAUGGGGAUACUUUAUCAAUUAGGGGACGUGAAUAUGUGUGGGAGUCUGCAUUAAAGGCAAUGAUGAGCAUGAACCAUCUAAGUUGCCUCCAAGAAAUACACAUCAUAGGGUAUUCCUAUCAUGUAUCCUUUCCGGGAAAUUGUUUUCCCAAAUCUUUGCAAAAGCUGAAAAUCCGGAGUUGUAGAAAACUAGAAUUCCCAGAGCAACAGCAGCACAAGUAUGAUAUGGUAGAGCUACAAAUAGAACACAGCUGCGAUUCACUGAGCUCCUUGUCGUUGGAUGUCUUUCCCAAUCUCAAGAAUCUCCAGAUAGAAAGGUGUAGGAAUCUGGAAUCAGUGUCAAUGUCAGAGGCACCACACGCUGCUCUUCAACGUCUCUCCAUAACUUCCUGCCACAAAUUAGUGUCAUUUGCAGGAGGAGGACUGGCUGCACCCAACUUGACUCAUCUCGAGAUCUCUAAUUGCGACAAAUUAGUGUCAUUUGCAGGAGAAGGACUGGCUGCACCCAACUUGACUCAUCUUCAAGUCAGAUGCUGCUCAAAGUUGGAGGCAUUACCACGUGACAUGAAGGGUCUACUCCCAACUUUACAGUCUCUCGAGAUAUAUGGUUGCCAGAGGGUGGUUUGCCGCCUAACUUGAAAGAGCUUCAUGUGGAAAUUGGCGAGCAACAAAUGAGGGAUCUAUCAUGGAUGGGCAACUUGCACGCCCUCACUCAUCUUACCAUUUAUGGUGAUUACUGCAACAACAUAAAGUCAUACCCAGAGGUGGGUUCGCUGCCUCACCUUCCCUCCCUUACCACUCUUGUGAUAUACCGGUUCGAUAAUCUGGAGACAUUGGAGUGCAACGAGCUUCUCCGCCUCACCUCCCUUCAACAACUACACAUUUCAUUCUGCAACAAGCUGGAGAAUAUGGAAGGAGAAAAGCUGCCUCCCUCUCUCUUGCGACUUGAACUUUAUUAUUGUGGUUUGCUGGGAGAACACUG